AUGGCGACCGAAUAUGUUGACCUCGUAGAUGAGCAGCUGAGAAACAGCAAGACCAUCGCAGUGGUCGGUCUUUCCAACAACCCCGACCGCGACAGCCACCGGGUCGCAAGCUACCUGCAGAGUCAGGGCUACCGCAUCAUUCCUGUGAACCCGGUCAUCGAGGAGGCCCUGGGAGAGAAGAGCUAUCCAGACCUGAAAUCGGUGCCUGAGUCCAUCGACAUGGUCGACGUCUUCCGUCGUUCUGAUCAGGUCCCGCCCGUGGUGGACGAAGCAAUCGAAGUGGGGGCCAGGUACAUUUGGAUGCAAGAUGGGGUGAUCAACGAGGAAGCCAAGGGCCAAGGCAGAGGCCGCCGGCAUCCCGGUAGUCAUGAACGACUGCGCUCUCCGCCAGCACCGCCGCCGCUUCGGCCGAGGGUGAACCUGCCUUCGACUGCCUGUAAGAACCGAUGGGCGGGUUGA